GUGUUUUCUUUUCCAAAAGAAGUACAUUUUCAAGAUAUUCGAUCUUGUUCUCUAUCGACCAUCAACAAAGCAAAAAAAUCGCCUAUCAUUCUCACACAGCCAUGGGUUCCUCUCCUUCCAUUAAAGACAUUCUCGGUGAACUGGAGAAGGACUUGUACAUCUCUUUACUGUCGAAGCUCAUCGGCGAGUCCAAGUUCGUCCAGAACAAUCCACCGGACCUGGUUCCUGAAGAGGAUAAAGUCGCCAAUCACGUUCUUGACGUUCUCCGUCCUCUCAGCACCGAGAAUGGCGGACUCUUGGAGAUCACCCAAGUGUGCUACUGUGAGCACCGUGAACAUUUGAUUGUGAAGUAUCCGGGCACUGAACCUAAUAGAGUAGUUUCCUUCGUCGGAAGUCACUUCGAUGUGGUCACUGCUGAUGAAGAGGACCCCAUUUGGGUACUGUUUUUCACUUUAAUCCUGAUAACGUUUUUUGUGACUCCUCUCCGUUUAUACUGCUUCUGCAACUUCAUUUCGUAUGAAGUUUGUGUAUGAGCUCAUUUAGGGAUUGUUUGAGAAAUU